AUGAACAUCUCCAGAGCAGCCAGACCACUCAUCUGCCGGCCACCCCCAGCCAGACAGCAACGACCCCUCCACGCAACCGCACACCCUCAGCAGAAAACGAACAGCGACCAGAAAACCACCGACUCCGACCACCGCACCAGAGGAUAUGUCACCCAGUCCCAGCCAGCACCAGCCAAGAUCCUCAACGGGCCAGUCCAUCCACUCACGCCCCCAGAACCACCACCACGGCCAACACCCCCCAGAAAACCCACCGAAAAACCAGAACAGAUCCCCCAGCUGACCAUCAAACACGACUUCGAGCAGAAAACACUCAAGAUCAACGCCAAGCCCUUCGGCAUCGCCAACCUCUCGAUCCCCUACCUCUGGCUCAGAGACGCCUGCCAGGAAGCCCAUUCGAUCGACCCCUCCACCAAACAGAAGCUGUUCAAGACCACCGACAUCCCCCUCGACAUCCAUCCCAUCAAAACCACCAUCAUCAACAACAGCAACCCCAACACCAACAGUCCUCCGCAAAUACUCAUCCAAUGGUCGCACUCUCUCGACCCGCUAGAUCCGAAGGAACCCCAACUCAGCCGCUUCGACCUCAGCUUCCUCAAAGACUUGGAUCAGCCGCGCAGAUGGCAGGACGAGCGCCAGAAAACGGGCCUCUUGAGGCCCACCCUGUGGUUCCCGAAGCCGGCCUCGAGAGACAAGGCGAAGAAGAACAGGAAGAGCAGGAUCGACGAGCUGGCGGAGGCCGGCGAGCUGUCGGUGGACUACCAGGCGUUCGCCGAAGACGUCGGCGUCCAGAAGAUGGCCCUCGAAAGACUCAACUCCUUGGGACUGCUCUUCUUCCACAACCUCGAUCGCCCCGCCCCCGACCAGCACGAGUUCGAGCUCGCUAGACUCAUCAGCUCCGCCGGGCUCGACAUCAGACGCACCUUCUACGGCGAUCUCUGGGACGUCGUCAGUCGGGGCCAAGCGGCCAAGAACGUCGCCAACACCAACCUGGCGCUAGACUUCCACAUGGACUUGGUACAUUUCGAGAACCCGCCCCGGUUCCAGUUCCUCCAUUGUCUGAAGAACGAGGUGAUCGGGGGCCGGUCGGGCUUCCUGGAUGCGUAUACGGCAGCGAUGGAGCUCCUGACACGGGACCCGGAGGCGUUCCGGACGCUGGCGCGGGCGCCGAUCGGCUUCGAGUACAUCAACGACAGCCACCACACCUAUUUCGAUCGGCCGACGAUCGAGCUGAAGCCGCAUGCGUCCAUCGACGCCCUCAUCCGUCGUCCGCACGAGCUGCUCGACAGUCUGGUGGCCGUCAACUAUGCGCCCCCCUUCCAGGCCCCCUUCCGCCUCCACUCGCGCCCAGACUCCCUCCGCGCUGUCGUCGCCGCACUCAAGUCUUUUGUCGAGCUCUUCCAUGCCGACUCCCGCGCGUUCGAAAUCGGCCUCCUGCCCGGCCAGGCCGUCGCCUUCGACAACCGCCGCAUCCUCCACUCCCGCACCGCUUUCCUGCCCGAUCCUGCCCGGACCAGUCAGCCCUCGGACGGGCCUGAAGGGACCCACGUCCACCGUUGGCUCAAAGGGUCCGUCCUCCUCUCUUCACUCUUUCUACCCGCGCAGGCUGGGGCAUCCAUCUUAAUCAACCACCCUGCUGGCUUGCUCCUUAGUGCUUAUGUCGAUGGCGACUCCGUCUGGGAUAGAAUCCGAGUCUUGAAUUCGUAA